AUGACCCACGAUGAAAUCUUUCGUCUUGUUGACGAGGCCAUUGAUUGCGCCCGACAGAAUGCGAGCGGUCGUGAGGUUCAAUGGGCUUCGUUGGUGGUAGUGGGCCUCGUGGUACGCACGGCCCAACAAGAGGGGGAGUCAAAUGAGGCCGUGAUGGACCGGGUAAUCCGAGCCCAAUACUUGGUGCCCAUGUCGUACUUGUCGUUUACUUAUUUCACGGUGGAGUAUGCACCGAAGAUUUACAACAUACCCUACGUUUUCAUAAGAGAUAUUCGUAAAAAGGUGGAUAAAAUUGACGCUUCCAUCUCGAAAAAGAGAUGGCACGUAACUCUCGCCCGCACGAUCUUUAGAUUCCAUCUUUCGAGGGCCUCCAAGAUUGAAACGAGCAUGUUAUCGUGUUUCUUGCAAGUCACCUUUAUAGUCAAAUAUUCGGUCCCGAGCUUCUCCACAUUCACGUCCUGUUAG